AUGGACUUGCUCGUGGCGGGGAACGAGGUGAAGGUGCUCGUGCAUGCACUUGCAUGUUUAUAUAGGUUCAACGACCACUGCUGGGUCAGCGCCGUGCGUGACGUAGACGACGGCCGCGUCCGUCUGCAACUCUCGUCUGUAAACGCGUCGAGCUCCGCGUAUGGCUUAUUUGCAUUUGACGAGGGAUUCUUUGAGCAUAUAUGGCUAAAGGGAAACUGUCGCGAGUGUCAACUGCACGUCAAGACGCUCCUUUCCUUACUGCGAAUGCGCGGCGUGAUGCAUACGUGCGGCCUCGUGCUCGACGACGCGCGGCCAGGCAGGCUCGAGCUGAAUAUCCAGUGCGAGCAUGGCGUGCAGAAGCGGCAUAAACUCACAUUCCAAGAGACUCCGGGCUUGUUCCCGUCGAUCGACCCCAACCCGCCAUUUUCCUUGCGCGUACGACCGACCUCGGCGCUGGAAUGGAUCGAGCACUUUUUGCAUAGCGGCAAGCACGGGGAAUGCACGCUUUUUUGCAUGCCUGCCGCUUGUGUACUGAAAAGCACGCUUGCACACCCUGUAAGUACGCGCGAAGCGCCGCGAAGCGCGAUCUACAGCGAGGUCCGACUUCCGCUGGACGAAAUGCUUGCGUACAACAUUGCACAGGAUACUGCGAUUGUGUUCUCCUUGUGGGAGUUCCGCGCAGCCGUUCAUGUUGCCGAGCAGCUGAAUACAGAAAUGGAGCUUGCGUUCGGGCACGGCGGCGAGCCAUUGUUCAUUCGGCUCCAUGUGCGCGGUACGAUGCACGCCGAGUUUAUUCUAGCUACGGCUGUUGCGGAUGCAGAGUGGCCAGUCGCACCAGUGCAUACUACAGAAAUUAUGCCGAAACGCGCGCAUUCACCUGUGCCUACGGCGCUGCCGCAACGUGAUGCAGUGCACAGCGACACGGAGGAGACGCUUUCGAUCAAAGCAGAGCCCACACAAGGGAUCCCGCUGACCCAGCUACUUGCUACAGUACAGCCAACUCCGCCGUCACAGGGAGGCAGCGCGGACGAACACCAACAUCCCCUCCUUCCCAACUUGCCGCCCACCCAGCACCCCGCCCACGACACAUUUCCGCCCUCCCAAGCGCCGCCGCCCGCAAAAAAGGUCUUUCUUAAGCAACCACCGUCCGACGGUUGGCUGUACAUGCAGCAUAUGGCCUAUGUUCCAGGUAGUGCGUAUGCACAGUACAUGUCCAAGCUAGCGUCCGAUCCGCCGCGUGAGCAAGAAAAUGCGGCGCCGAUUUCGGGAGCUGGCGCGGCGAAGCAAACAAACACGGACCAGGGGCGCAGGAAUUUCCCGGCGAGCCCAAGCAACGCGCCCCUGGCAUCCAACAUGGGCCCUGCAUAUGCCCAGCGGAAUGCCCCUCUACACGGCACAGGCUCGUACGUAGCGCCUGUAGACGGCCCGCGGUACAUUCCACUGACACCGCCGCCGGCCAGCGCGCCUGCGAUGCGGCACGAAUCGGCACAAGGCGUGUCGCAGCAGCCGUGGCGGCAGAAUUUGUACGAUGCCAUGCCGACGAGUGCAUCGCUUCCUCAAUUUCCGUCGCAGAAGCGACGCUCUGUUGCACUGGAACCGCUACAGCUUGCCAAUAUGCGGCACGCGCAGAAUAUGACUGCCAUGCAGCAUGCGCGCUCACAGAGUGUGGAUGCGCAAAUGUUUGACGCUUCGCAUACCCAGGGAUCACGACAGCACCCACUCAAAGGCGCCACGCUGCAUUUCGACGAGCAAGCUCCGCCAGCAACGCCACCGAAACCAGGCGUGAUCGAUCCGCGCAUCCCUACCUCCAUCUCGACACUCUCUCUUUUGAACGCGUCAGCCACAAGCCCCAGUCGUACUGCGCCGGGAUCGCCAGACAGUGCACCUACAAUGUCUGUGCCUGGCACGCCUACGCGGUACCGAUCGCGCGAUGGGAGCAAGGCUUCUUUCAAGAGCAUGAUUGGCGGUCUCGUCCACUCUAUGAGUGAUGUGUUUAUCGUCCCACCAAAGAGGCCAGAAAUUUCGACGCCUUACGAUCCCGUGCAUGUAACGCAUGUGGGGUUCAAUGCACUUACAGGCGAGUUUACUGGGCUUCCUGUCGGCUGGCAGCAUCUUUUGCAGCAGUCGGGGAUUUCCAAACAGGAGCAGGAACGGCAUCCGCAGGCAGUGAUGGAUAUCGUGCAGUUUUACCAAGACACUGCGCAGGAUGGGUCGGGCGGUGAAAACGACGAUGUGUGGACCAAGUUUGGCGCGAAUAUCACGCCAAAAGGUUCCCGAGAAGCGAUGCAGGCUGCAUGGGCUGAGGCUAAUGCGCAGCAGGCGCAGGCGCAAGGGCAAGGGCAAGUGUCAGGACAGGUACCGGCACAGGUUCUUGUGCCGACGCAGGCACAGGCACCGGCACCGGCACCGGCCCAGGCACAGCGACCGCCUCUGCCACAAGUUCAUGCACAAAGGCGGCCCCCACCCCAGCUAGAAACGCCAGCCCAGCCACCUGUCCAGCCACCCUCUUACCCCAUUUUCCAGCAAUCUUCCCACCCUCUCCCGCUUCCCCAAGAGACAAAAAAAGCGCUCACCUUGGCAGCAUCUCCCCAGAUCAUACAAGACCCAGCGACGAGCCCCACCUCCUCUACAUUCCGCCCCCCUGGCCUCUUGCAAUCUGGCAAAGCCACCAUGACGAAACCGACCGUUGAGGACGUUACGUCCCAUACGUAUAACCCUCCUUCGUCGCAUUCUAGCGACACCGGCCCUACUGCCGCCGAACUUGUCCGCACCCAGUCGCAGCGCGCAGAAAUCGGUGUGAAGCGUCUCGAAGAAGAAAAACGGCCACCGCUCGGCUCGAGCAACGGCGUUCCACGCCGCCGUGCGCGGCACAAAGUCAGCGACGAGCAAGUCAUGGCGCGCCUGCAAGCGGUAUGCCGCCCAGGUGACCCGACCGUGAUGUUCAAGGAGCUGCUCAAGAUCGGCCAAGGCGCAUCCGGCGGUGUGUACACAGCGAAGUCCAUCGGCUCUGAGCAGCUUGUCGCAAUCAAGCAAAUGGUCCUGGAGCAGCAGCCCAAGAAAGACUUGAUUGUGAACGAAAUCGAAGUGAUGAAACAGUCGCGCCACCCCAACAUUGUCAACUUCUUAAACGCAUUCCUGCUCAAAGGCGAGUUGUGGGUCGUGAUGGAGUACAUGGAGGGCGGGCCACUCACCGAUGUCGUCUUGCACAGUAUUUUGUCCGACCGACAGAUUGCCGCUGUCGCGCGCGAAUGCCUCACUGGCCUGCAACAUUUGCACGCCCACGGCGUCAUUCACCGCGACAUCAAGAGCGACAAUGUGCUCAUGAGCCUCCGCGGCGAGAUCAAGCUAACUGAUUUUGGUUUCUGUGCCCAGAUCGGUCAAGCACAUGCUAAGCGCGUUACCAUGGUCGGCACGCCGUAUUGGAUGGCGCCAGAAGUGGUGACGCGAAAAGAGUACGACUCGCGCGUCGAUAUAUGGAGCAUGGGCAUUCUGUGCAUUGAGAUGAUUGAAGGCGAGCCGCCGUACCUGAACGAGAAUCCACUACGUGCAUUGUACUUAAUUGCAACUACCGGAACGCCCAAACUGAACCAGCCAGAGAAACUCUCGGAUACCCUUCGUAAUUUCCUGAGCGUCUGCCUCGACGUCGAUGCCGAACGCCGCCCUGAUGCAACAAAUUUACUCCAACACCCAUUCCUGCAAAACCCGGACGAUGUCCGCUCGCUUAUCCCUCAUAUCCGCGCGGCACUCGACAACCGCGCGAAACGCUAG